CCAAUUAACCAUUUUUUCAAUUGACCACCUUGUUAGUUAGAAUUAGCGUAACUCAUCUCAAUUGCUCUAUUAUUAUCAUUAAAGUAAUUAUCGAUUAACAUGUCAAAGAAUCUUCAAUAUAUUAAGUUAGGUGACUCUGGUUUAUCAAUCUCACCAAUCAUUGUUGGAUGUAUGUCUUACGGUGACAAAAAAUGGGCCGAAUGGGUUCUUGAUGACGAGGAAAAAAUCUUAGGUAUUUUAAAGAAAGCCUAUGAUGUUGGUAUCAGAACUUAUGAUACUGCUGAUGUCUACUCUAAUGGUACAUCUGAAAUCUUGGUUGGUAAAUUCCUUAAAAAAUAUAAUAUCAAAAGAGACAGAGUUGUUAUUCUCUCUAAAGUUUUCAAUGUUGUAGAUGAAAGUAUUCCAGGAUUUAAUUUCUUUGCUAGAGGUGGUGAAUUCCCAGAAUAUGAAUUUCUUAACUCAAGAGGUUUAUCCAGAAAACAUAUCCUUGAUGGUGUAGAAGCUUCUGUCAAAAGAUUGGGUACUUACAUUGAUGUUUUGCAAAUUCAUAGAUUGGAUAGAACUACUCCAAAGCAUGAAAUUAUGAAGGCCUUAAACGAUGUCGUUUUAGCUGGUCAUACUAGAUACAUUGGUGCAUCUUCUAUGAAGGCUACUGAAUUUGCUCAAUUACAAUUCAUUGCUGAUAAAAAUGGCUGGGCCAAAUUUAUCAGUAUGCAAAACUACUAUAACUUAAUUUAUCGUGAAGAAGAACGUGAAAUGAUCCCAUUCUGUAACGAUAACAUUAUUGGUAAAGUUGGUUUAAUUCCAUGGUCUCCACUUGCCAGAGGUGUUUUAGCUCGUCCUUUAAAAACAGAAUCUGAAUAUAACAGAUCUUCAAAGACUGAUAAAUCUUUUGAUAGAUUGAAAUUAGAAGAAUUAUCAGAAGCUGAUGCUGAGAUUAUUAAGAGAGUUGAAGAAAUCGCCAAAAAGAGAGGUGUAAGUAUGGUUAUUGUCUCAACUGCAUGGGUCAUAAGUAAAGGUGCUGCUCCAAUUAUUGGUCUUAAUUCUGAAGAAAGAGUAGAAGAAAUUGUUGAAGCUGCUCACUUUAAAUUAACUCAAGAAGAGAUUGACUACUUAGAACAACCUUAUGUUCCAAAACAAUUACCUGUCUUCUAAAUAAUUCUGUGAAU